AUGACUCGUGGCAUAAAACAUCGCCAAAAGGCAAAGAGCAAGACAAAGAAACGGAGUGAAUCAUCGUCUUCAGCACCACAGGUUCCGGUUAAAGUGUGGCAACCUGGGGUGGACAAAUUGGAAGAAGAUGAAGAGCUUCAGUGUGAUCCUUCUGCUUACAACUCUCUUCAUGCUUUUCAUAUUGGAUGGCCUUGUCUUAGCUUCGAUAUUUUACGUGACACCCUGGGUUUAGUUCGAACAGAAUUUCCGCACACAGUGUAUUUCAUGGCAGGAACACAGGCUGAGAAACCUUCUUGGAAUUCUAUUGGGAUUUUUAAAGUAUCCAAUAUUUCUGGGAAGCGACGUGAGCUUGUGCCUAAACAUGAAACUGAUGACUCUGGAGUGGAUGGUGAGGAUAGUGACAGCGAGGAUGAUAGUGAUGAUGAAGAAGAAGGUGGUGCCACGGGUCCGACUUUGCAGUUGCGGAAGGUAACUCAUGAGGGUUGUAUCAACCGGAUACGCGCCAUGGCACAAAAUCCUCAUAUAUGUGCAACUUGGGCAGAAUCUGGUCACGUACAGAUCUGGGACAUGAGCUCCCAUCUCAAUGCUCUAGCAGAGACAGAAAUGGAAGGUGUCCAAGGAGUUGAUGUAGUUCAGGCUCCACUGCAAAAAUUUAAGCACAAAAAUGAAGGCUAUGCUAUAGACUGGAGUCCUCUUGUUCCAGGAAGGCUUAUAUCUGGGGAUUGCAAUAACAAUAUUUAUCUUUGGGAGCCUGCAUCUGCUGCAACAUGGAAUAUUGACACAACUGCUUUUACUGGACAUACGGGUAGUGUUGAAGAUUUGCAAUGGAGCCCUACAGAACCUAAUGUUUUUGCUUCUUGUUCUGUGGAUAAAACUAUCGCAAUAUGGGAUACUCGUGGGAGGUCACCAGCUGCGUCUUUUAAAGCACAUAAUGCCGAUGUGAAUGUAUUGUCAUGGAACAGGUUGGCCAGUUGUAUGUUGGCGUCGGGUAGUGAUGAUGGAACUAUAUCUAUUCGGGAUCUCAGAUUGCUUAAGGAAGGAGAUUCUGUGGUAGCGCAUUUUGAAUACCAUAAGCAUCCCAUCACAUCCAUUGAGUGGAGUCCACACGAGGCUUCUUCACUGGCUGUUUCAUCCUCUGAUAAUCAACUUACAAUAUGGGACCUUUCUUUAGAAAAGGACGAGGAAGAGGAGGCUGAAUUUAAAGCUAAAACCCAAGAACAUGUAAAAGCUCCUGAAGAUCUGCCUCCCCAACUAUUGUUUAUUCACCAGGGGCAAAAAGACCCCAAAGAACUUCAUUGGCACACACAGAUUCCUGGAAUGAUAGUAUCUACUGCAGCAGAUGGAUUUAAUGUUCUCAUGCCUUCAAAUAUUCAGAGCACCCUGCCAUCGGAUGGUGCUUGA